AUGACAACUGGCAUACAGGGCGAGCCGGCGAUAGCUCCUCCAUCAAUCUUGUUCUACACUGAUGUAAGAGCUCAAGGCUCAGCACCGCAAACCUCCGAAUCUAUUUCGACAGCGCCACCUCGUGCUACCUCGUCCAAUACUUCCAAUUCAAGUCUAGGAAGCGGCGCGAUCGCCGGUAUAGCAAUAGGUGGUGUCCUCAUCUUCGCCUUCAUGAUAGGCGGCUGGUACUUCUGGCGCCGCAAAAAGCGGAGAACACGACCCACGAUUAGUACCCUCGCCGAUGACGAAGUAGCCAGGCGAGAUGGCGAUGGCGACAAAAUGGUCCUUGGUAAGCAACAAACUGCCCCCACGACUGGCGCAUACCAAACCCAAUACCAAGAGAUGUCUGGUAGCGGCGUUACUCAAGAACUUGAUCGCUCGCACUCGUACAAGUAUGCAAUCGGAGGGGCGCAUGAGCUCAAGGCCGAGGAUCGACCAGGCGAAUUACCGUAUGCUAGAGUGGAGGAAUAUGGGUCAACGAACGAGUAUGGUGUAGUUGCGGUGAAUGAUAGAGAGAAUCGGGGGAUGGAGGAGACGGCACCGGCGACAGGAACGAACGAUACGACUUCGCAGAUUUCGCACGUAUCGCCACACGUGGAAGCGCAGAGGAGAAGAGAAGUGGAGUGGCUGGAAGCGGAAGAAACGAGGAUAAGACAGCGGCGGGAAGCGCUUUUACAACAAAGUGGUGGGAAGACUUCAACAGUAAUACAGAGAGAGAGAGAAGAAAACCCUUGA